AUGCUAAAACGGGUAAUUCCUGGUGAGCCGAAGCGAAUCGGUAAUGAUCGCUUCGAGGGCUACUGCGUCGAUUUAAUUAAACUACUGGCAACUAAUAUCAGUGGCUUUGGGUCCUAUGAAAUAUUCAUAGCAGAUGGAAACAAAUAUGGCCAGCGCCAGGAUGACGGCUCCUGGGACGGAAUGAUCGGAUACUUGCUCAACGAGGCAUAUAUGCAGACAGCAGACGUUGCGGUAGCACCACUGACGAUCAAUCAGGCACGUGAGCGUGUUGUGGACUUCUCGAAACCGUUCAUGACCACCGGGAUUAGUAUUAUGAUCAAGAAACCGGAGAAACAAGAAUUUAACGUCUUUUCAUUCAUGCAACCUUUGGGAACGAACAUUUGGUUCUUGAUACUUUGCUCGUAUGUAGGAGUGUCACUGACGAUAUUUCUGGUGAGCUCGUUCAGCCCAUACGAAACUCGUACGCAAGCGGAAUUGCCAACGCGGCUUUCACUAUAUAACAGCCUAUGGUUUACUUUAUCGUCAUUCAUGCAGCAGGGUACGGAUAUCUUACCGCGGGCACCAUCAGGACGAAUUGCAAGCAGUGCCUGGUGGUUCUUCACUUUAAUCAUUGUUUCCUCAUACACUGCAAACUUGGCGGCAUUUUUAACACUGGAAAAGAUGACUUCGCCAAUUGAAUCGACCGAAAGGGAAUCAAAGUACUCGCCUUUAUUCAAUACGGUUUACGUCGAUUGCUUCAUCAUUGAUAAUUUUUAUGAACCAGUGACUCAAUUCCAGGAAUCAGCAGUGCCGGUAUACAAGAAAAUGUGGGGUUUCAUGUACGAUACAUACAUGCAGCAGCGUCGUGGACAACUACACAGUAAUACCUCGGAUACGGUAAUGGUGAACACAUAUGCUGAGGGAAUCGACAAAGUACGCCGGAGCAAGACAAUUUCAUUAUAUUCCAAUGCAGUAAAAUUACGGUUCAGUUAUAAUCAGGGUCGUUAUGCGUUUCUUCUGGAGGAGACAGCAAACGAAUACGAAAACACAAGAAAGCCGUGUGAUACGAUGAAAGUUGGUGCUAAUCUGAAUUCACUCGGAUAUGGUGUGGCAACUAAAAUCGGCAAUCCCUUGAGAGAGAGCAUAAAUUUUGCAAUAUUGUAUUUGCAUGAAAAAGGCGAGCUGAAGCGUCUGGAGAACAAAUGGUGGUAUGAUCGUGGACAAUGCGACCAAGGAAUGAUGUCGGAUGGCGGUAAUAGUGCCAGUCUAACACUGAGCAAAGUAGCUGGUAUAUUUUACAUAUUGUGCUGUGGAAUGGUACUCUCAAUGGCAUCAGCGUUUAUCGAAUAUGUAUAUCGUUCAAGGUUGGAACGACAUGAGGAAUUAAAAAAGGUUAACAUAUGUUUAGUCUUAUUCACCGCAGUAAAAACCCAGGUUGAAACGCGCCAGGCUUGUCGGUGCGGUCAUGCGUUUUUGCACCAGACUUGA